AUGAAAAAGGAGUCAACGUUGCGCCAGCGGGAGUCCUUGGAGGUUAACAAGUUCCAAUCAGACCAAGGGAACAAGCUGAAGAAACCGACAAGCCCCAAUUCCCGUUGUUAUGCGUGCGGAAAGAGGGAUCAUAAUUUCCGAAAGUGCCAGUACAAGUCCUUUGUGUGUAAGGUGUGCGACAAGAAGGGGCAUCUAGCCAAAGUUUGCCCGAAUAGGAAAGAUGCAACGAAAGAGGACCGGAAACCGAAAGUUCACCAUUUGGCGCUGAACAAGUUGGAUGCGCCCCCUCCCGUGGUUAUUCCUGUCCGUGUGGGCGGACAUUUGGUCGAGUUCGAACUGGACACUGGGAGUCCGGUUAAUGCCAUCUCAAAUGCGCUGUACAGUCAAUAUUUCAAAUCAGUGCAUCUUGAGACUGGCGGAAAGGAGCAGUUCGUCAGUUACAAUGGGUCCUGUUUCCAAGCAACAGGAAAGUUCGAGGUGGAGAUGAAAUUCGAAGGCCACAAGUCCAGGGAGGAAAUUUUCGUCUUCGAGGGUGACCGGCAACCACUGCUGGGGCGUCAGACGAUGCAGCGUUUGGGACUGAGGAUCAACUUUUGCCAUUUGACGGAGAGCAUGAAAGAGUUUAAAGCUCCGUUGAAUGUGCUGCUGACCAAGUACCAAGAAGUUUUCGAGGGUGAAUUAGGCUGUUAUCGAUACGGCAAAGUUCACCUACCAUUGAAGGAUGAAGCUGUCCCCAAGUUUUUCAAGCCGCGCAGGGUACCGUUGGCUUUCAAGGAGAAGGUCGAAGACGAACUGGUUCGAUUGGAGAACAUCGGCAUUAUCUCCAAGGUGCCAUCAACCGAAGCAGAAUGGGGUACCCCCCUCGUCCCAGUUUUGAAGAAGGAUUCAUCGAUACGUUUGUGUGCAGAUUAUCGGCUGACCGUUAACCCGUGGUUGAAGGACGACCACCACCCUUUCCCGAUAAUUGACGACAUUUUCGCAGCGCUACAAGGUGGUAAGCAUUUUUCCAAGCUGGACCUGAAGAAUGCCUACAACCAACUGGAAGUGGAUGAAGAAGCAAGGCAUCUGUUAGCGUGGAGUACUCACCGUGGUGUGUACUACGUGAAUCGAUUGCCGUUUGGGACCAAAACGGCGUGUGGAGUGUUUCAAGCUACCCUAGAACGAGUCCUGCAGGGUUGUCGAGGAACGAUUAUUUACCUUGAUGACGUGUUGGUAACUGGACGAACAGUGAAAGAACAUUUAGAGAACCUUGAACAAGUGCUUAGCAAGUUGAAAGAGACAGGUUUUGUGCUAAAUAAGACCAAGUGCAAGUUUUUCAAAAGUGGUGUGAGUUAUCUUGGACACUAUAUCGACAGUGAUGGCCUACAUAAAGAUCCUGAAAAAGUGAAAUCGAUAAUCAAAUUGGGAGUUCCAAAAGACGUCAAGGAGGUUCGUGCAUUUGUGGGACUGGUCAACUAUUAUGCCAAGUUUUGUCCCAGUUUGGCACAACAUCUAAAGCCAUUGUACCGGUUGCUGCAAGAAGAGGUUAAGUUCCGUUGGUCCAAGGAGUGCCAGGAGGCGUUCAAAGCGGCGAAGCAGAUUUUGGCGGAUGACACGGUCCUGGCCCAUUAUGACCGUAAUCUGCCGGUUAAACUCUACAGUGAUGCGUCGAAGGAAGGCAUUGGAGCAGUGAUCGUACAUGUCUUCCCAGACGGCAAGGAGCGACCAGUUUCUUUUGCUUCACGAGUUUUCAAGAAGCACGAGUCCAACUAUUCGGUAUUACGAUGUCCAGAGAUUCAGCAGCUAUCUCUCUGGGCGUCGUUUCAUCCUGAUGACAGAUCACAAACCACUGACCGGUCUGUUUUCGGAAAAAGGCAUACCGGAAACCGCAGCAGGGCGUUUGCAGAGAUGGGCAGUGACCGAGACGAGAAGGUAGACGAGGAAAAAGCCAUCAGUUUUCUCAACUUCAUCGAAGUCGAAACCCGCUCAUUGGUGGAGCGGAAGCAGAUCAUAAUCGAAAGCCGGAGGGACAAGGUCAUUAGUCGAGUCGUGGAGUAUCUGAAAUCGGGCUGGCCUCAAAACCUUGAGGACGGCGAAAUCAAGAAGCUGUUCCAACGACGAGACGAACUAAGCGUGGAGGAAGGCGUCCUUCUCUGGGGUUUCCGCAUCGUCAUCCCGGCGAAGCUUCGGAAACCGUUGCUGAUCCUGGUGGAUAGCUACAGCAAGUGGUUGGAAGUUUACCCCGUUCGAACAUUAACUUCCAAGGAGACGUCGGAAAAGUUGGCCGAAUAUAUUUCCCGAUGCGGUCUGAUCAGCACUCUGGUGUCGGAUAACGGCACUGCCUUUACAUCGAAAGAAUUUCAGGCAUUCUGUUCUUCCCGUGGCAUUAAGCACCUGACGACAGCACCGUAUAGCCCGUGUUCGAAUGGAGCAGCCGAGAAUUCGGUCAAGACGGUCAAGGCGGCACUGAAGAAGCUGGCGAGUGACCCCUCGUUUGCAGAGAAGCCGAUAAGUGUCCAACUACAUUCAUUCCUGGAGAUGUACCGAGCCACAACACACACGUCGACUGGGGAAAGUCCUUUCAAGCGAAUGUUUGGAAGGGAAAUGCGCAUCAGAUUCGACAACUUGAAGUCCAGGUCUACAAUCCGGCAGAAAGAAACUGUCGAAUACCAAAACCGUACCAAGAAGGAUGUCAGCUUCAACAUCAACGAAACGGUCUACGUCCGGGACUACCGCCAACCCAACAAGAAGUCCUGGAUUCGUGGUCGCAUCGUGGCUAGGCUAGGCUCUGUGCUCUACGGAUGCCACACUCAAGAGAUGGGAACUGUCAAACGUCGCACCCACCAAAUAAUGAAGUACCCCUACGACGAUUUUGAUGGUAACGAAGCUGACGGAGCCACCCCUGAUCCUGAGCCGAUUGAUGACUCAAUCUACGAAGAUCCAAUGGAGAGCCUACCGGAAGAAGAACCAUCAUCAGAAGCCCUUCCGGUUCCGUCAAGCGUUGGUCGUCAUCAACCGGAUGGUACCUAUGUUACGAGAUACAAUCGAGUGGUGAAACCGCCUCGGAACUAG